AUGACCACCCGAACCAAGGCGCCGCCCGUCGGCUCGUCACAAUGGAUACAGAACGAGAGAGAGCAGGCGAAGGAUUAUGUCGACGAGCAGGUCGAGGAGUUCAGCUUCAGUGUGCGGAAUGACCUGGACUGGCUGAACGAGCACAUGGCGGAUAUCUUCACCAAAACACAGGCCAACUUCGCCGACAUGUUCAAGACGCCCGGCAAGCUACGCGGCCAGACUCCUCGCACAGCUCGAAAACGCGACGCCCAGGCACCCCGGCAACCGCUGACCGAUAUCUUCGCACCCAACACCCAACUCGCACCGGCUUCCGCCAAGAAGACGCCUUUUUACAACAAAGUUGCCCAGUUUCAGAUUCCCGAAGACACUGAGAAUCAUGCCCCGACCCACAAGCCGGUCAGCCGCGGGACGAGCCCACAGCGCGCCGGCAAGCCGUAUACAGACUCUGGAUAUCAUGGUAUGAUGACUGAAGACGAGAUGGAAUUGGAUGUGCAGACGCAAGCGGACUCGCUCGAAACAUCAUCGCAACCCAAUGAGCCACAGAAGGUACCACUUCGCGACGAGCAGCCACCGGCACAGCGACUGCGAGAUGGUAAAGGAGACGAGACCGGCGCUAGUGACGACUCUUUCGUCUCCGCCAAGGAGCAGGAGAGCGAUGUUGCUGGAGUUGUCGAUGAAGAGAUGGAAGACGCGAUACCCGCCGAGGAGCAGCUCCUGCAUGAACUGGACGAGACCGUGCAAGAUGAGAACGUGGAGAAGGUUGCGCCGAUUGAGGAGGAGAACGAGCCACAAGCCGCCAAAGUUGACGCACAGCCAUCGGAUGAGGGCCAGGACAAUGAUGUUGACAUGGACAUGGAGGACGGGCCAAGUCCUCAGUCAGACGGUCUGAGCCCGGAGAAGCCGCUGCAGCGUAAGAGCAGCUUCACCUUCUCUUCGCUCCCCGCUCGUGAGCCACUUGGUGCUAAGCGCAGCAUGGGCCAAAUCGCCCGCGACAGGAGCAGCGUCUUCAACAAAUCUGUGUCCAAGCCGGCUGAUUCGCAACCCGAUGAGGAUGACGUUCCUCAAGAGAAGACUGCCGAGGCGAGGGCUCACAGCAAGUCAUCAGCACAGCUGCUUCAUGAGCGUCUGAACAUGCUGGGCAAGACGAAAGACGCACGCACGUCCAAGAGCAUCCCGCAUCCUUCAUAUCCUCAGCUACCAGAGACUGAGCCGACCAACUCGCAGACGACGGAAGUCUUUGAUCAGGCCAAGCUUGCCGGCAAGAAUGCGCCUGUCGAGGACGAGGACGACGACUGGAUUGCACCCACAAAGUCGGUACAGUCCAAGUUCCAGGAAGUCGAUGUCGACGAGGUUGCCGAGCAAACUUCACCAGCCCGACCAACGAUGCAUCAGAAAUCGAUCUCGACCACACAGAUUCCCUCUCCAUCGCGUCCAGAAAUGGCGACCGAAACUCGCCAUCAGAAAGCAACAUCCGUCUCCCAUCCCAACUUGACGGAAGCACUUGAGUCGACCACGCCAGUUGGAUCACCAAUGGGCAAGAAGACCAACGAUGGCCCUCUCAGUGCAUCGAAGAACCGAUUGUGGUCUGCGUUCAAGUCCGCAAAGAACAUCUUUGCGUCCUCUGCAAGUGCAAGUGCUGCGGCCAAAAUCGAAGCACACCGAGACUCUCCCGUAACUCGCUCCCAGAAGCGGGACUCUGGCGAGUCGAAGAUCUUCAACAUGCCGGGUGGUCUCUUUUCGCAGAAGGAGAUCAUGCAGAGUCCGGCAAAGAAUGGAUCGAUAAUCUCGCUCAGCCCAAGCCGAAAGACACGCAGCUCUACCGAAAGCGACAAGAGGAAGGAGAAAGAGCAAAAGGCUCAGCAAAAAGCUGCCGACGAGCUGGAGAAGGCAAGAGAGAAAGAGCGCCAGAAAGCUGCCAAACAGCAAGCCGAGGAGCAAGCCAAGGCAGAAAAGGCAGAGCGUGCUGAAGCUGCUCGAGUGGAGAAGGAGCGGCAGAAGGAGGCUGCUGCACAGGCCGAGCGACCUGGGACAGCCGACAGUGGCAAGGCUUCCGAGAGUGAUAACGCACCUGCACAAUCUUCAAAGGGUGGCCUCACGGGCAAGCUCAGAGCACCUGGGAGACUUAUGAGACCGACCAGGGAACAAGCCAAGCCAGCACCUGUUUCGAUCAAAGUUGCAUCACAAUCUCAGAGACUUGGACAGAGCACGACCACUUUUGGCAAGCCUCAGCAAGAGAAUGCUGCACCGGCCAAGCAAGCUGGUCCUCGUGCGUCUUCCGCUAUGGACAAUCGGCCUGGCUCUGCCGCACCAGGCAAUUCUCGUGUCAGAGCUCUCGAGGCAGCCGCGAGGAAGAAAGAGGCCGACGAACGAGCUGCUGCGAAGAAAGUCGAGCAAAAGAGGGAGCUUGAGAGAAAGCGCGCAGAAAAGGCCGAACAGGACAAGCGAGCCGAGGAAGAGCGCAAGGCGGCCGAGCAGCAACGAGUUCAAGAAGCCAAACUUGCUGCACAACGGAAGCAGGCCGAGCGCCAGGCUGCUGCUGAAGCUCGCAAGCGCGAGCAGGAGAGAGCUGACCAGCAGAAGCGAGAACAGGAACAGCAACAACGACGUGAGCAGGAGCGCAUUGAGAAGCAGCGACGCGAGCAGGAAGAAGCUCGAAAGCAAGAAGAAGCUCGCAAGCAGCGAGAAGCUCACGACCUCGCUGAAGCCAUCAGACGCGAGCGUACCCAGCAGCAGGCUCAAGCUCAUCCUCGUGGUGAUGUUCCCGGCACUCUCCGCCAACUGACCAAGAACACUGUUGCCCAGCCAAACACUGCGAAGCCCGCCAAGCGCAUGCUGUUCAACGAUGAUGAUGAACCCUCUCAUCAACCUCAGAGGCCAGGCAUUGUUCGCGGACCUCCAUCAUAUCAGCAGACUGAUGCCAAGCGUCGACGUACGAAUGAGGAGCAGGAAGAAGGUGACGAGCGUCGGUCAGUGAUGGCUCCACCAAAGCGGCCGUCGACGCUGCGAAAGGAGACAUUGUCCAAGUUCUCUGGCUAUACGCAUGCUCCUCCUCCCGCGGCUCACCACGCCAGCAUGUUCAAAGCGACCGUCACUGCCCAACACCAGGCGCAGCACGGCUCGAAGCCGACGCACCCCAGCCAGCUGGUCCAGAUGUCCAAUGCUCGCAUUCCCUUUGCUGAGAAUGCCAACCCACCCGCUGCCUCGCAUCAUUCUUCCCAUUCGCAGAUGCACCCUGGCUACGAAAACGCUCAAUCGAACAAGUUCAAGACGCCUGCUCGUCCAGCUCAUGCUCCGAAAUCAGGCCGUUCCACACCACACUACCCGCAAGGCGACAACAUCGAGCUGCCAGAUAUUGCCACGGACUCUGAAGAUGAAGAUUCGGAGGAUGAGAACGACGGCUUCCGUGCUCCAUCAUGGGUUGCCUCACCGGCUUUGCGAGAUCUGCUCACGCAGCAGCAACUCGUGGAUCCGGAGACGGUGUUUGGACCAAUUGGAGAGUUGAAGAUGGACGAGGUGUUCAAGAACAGCAAGAACCCAGAGCGGGCCAAGAAGUUCCGUGACCGUGGCAGCAGUGCCAUGUGGGUAGAGACUGGUGAUGCCGUGACGAGUGCGGAGAAGAGGAAAGAUAUGGAGAUCAGGGAGAGGGUUGCUCGUGAAGGUGGAUGGAGGUAUGAGCCGAAUGCUUCGUAA